GGAGGGGUGGGCGAAGAUAUCAUGUUAGAAGAUUAGGGGAAAGGGAAGAAAUUUCCAGUUGACACUCGAAACGAUAGUUAUUGUAGAGCGUUUAAAUGGGAAUAAAAAUCUUUAGUGGACCUUAUGAAGAGGAAUGAGAUGACUUUCCUUCUACGCCGUCCCCCACAAGCGCUCGUGGUGCGGGGCGCCGCUGCAGCUGAGCCAGGUUCCGCGGUCGCCGCGGACGGAAGCUGACGGGGGUCAAGCCAAGUCAUGCAGGUGGUACGGAAGACGGGGUCCUGGCUCUUGCGGUGGUGGGCUUGGCCACCGCCGCCCAGGGUCGUGGCUGGGGCGCCAGCCUCCACCAUCCACACCGGCGCCCAGCAGCUGCAAGACGCGGCGGCCAGUCAGGAGGUUGAGGAGAAGGCGGCGGCUCCGGCUUCGAGCCGCAGCAGCUUCAGCAUUUACCCUCCAGUUCCAGGACAGGAGAGCCCUCUGAGGUGGGCAGGAAAGAAAUUUGAGGAGAUCCCAAUCGCACACAUUAAAGCGUCCUACAACAACACACAGAUCCAGGUGGUCUCUGCCACUCACCAGCCCCUUGCCCGCACUUCCUGUGGCACGGAGGGGUUCCGGAAUGCCAAGAAGGGCACAGGCAUCGCCGCACAAACAGCAGGCAUAGCCGCUGCCAUGAAAGCUGCAGGCAAGGGCGUGACCCAUGUCCGAGUGGUGGUGAAGGGCCUGGGCCCAGGGCGCUUGUCUGCCAUCAAGGGACUGACCAUGGGCGGCGUGGAAGUGAUCUCAAUCACAGACAACACCCCCAUCCCGCACAACGGCUGCCGCCCCAGGAAGGCUCGGAGGCUGUGACGAAAGGAAGCGUGUCCCUGAACCUGGCAAGUCCCACCUCCAACUAGACCUCGUAGAAGACACACUGUCCAAGCUCUCCCCAGAGCAGGGCUUGCUGGAGACCCCCUUGCGUGGCGGCCUCGCUUGUCCCUUCGACUGGAGACCAGGGUGCAGAAGGGACUCGAGAGGAGCCCCAGGGCAGCUGCGGCACAGACUCCACCACCCGGAAGCGCUGCUCUGCAGAGCUAGACGCACCUCUGCC